AUGCCUUCUACCAAUAUUUUUAAAAAACUUCAUAUAACAAGACUGAAUAACAGUAGUAAUAAUAAUAGUGAAAAUAAUAGUAUUCAAGAUUUAACUUCAACAACCAUUGCAUCUUCAUCAUCAUCUACCAAUAAAUCAAAUAUGGAUUUCUUUACUUCAUCUCAUACAACCCAACCAGCAACCACCACCACUGACUCUUCUCAUCAUAGCUCGCAUAAUACUUCAUCAGUUGGAACUUCGGAAGCCAUUCGAAGAUCACUUUUACCUCAACGUUCAACCGUUUCAAAAGGGAAGUAUUCUUUAACUGAUUUUAGUAUUAUGAGAACUUUAGGUACAGGAUCAUUUGGUAGAGUUCAUUUAGUUCGUUCAGUUCAUAAUGGAAGAUAUUAUGCUAUAAAAGUAUUAAAGAAACAUCAAGUGGUUAAAAUGAAACAAGUUGAACAUACUAAUGAUGAACGUCGAAUGUUAAAAUUGGUUGAACAUCCAUUUUUAAUUAGAAUGUGGGGUACAUCUCAAGAUACAAAAAAUCUUUUUAUGGUUAUGGAUUAUAUUGAAGGAGGUGAAUUAUUUUCACUUUUAAGAAAAUCGCAAAGAUUCCCAAAUCCAGUAGCUAAAUUUUAUGCUGCUGAAGUUACUUUAGCAUUAGAAUAUUUACAUAGUCAUGAUAUUAUUUAUCGUGAUUUAAAACCAGAAAAUAUCUUAUUAGAUAGAAAUGGUCAUAUUAAAAUCACUGAUUUUGGAUUUGCUAAAGAAGUUAAUACAGUUACUUGGACUUUAUGUGGUACUCCUGAUUAUAUUGCUCCUGAAGUUAUUACUACAAAACCUUAUAAUAAAUCAGUUGAUUGGUGGUCCCUUGGUGUAUUGAUUUUUGAAAUGUUAGCUGGUUAUACUCCAUUUUAUGAUUCAACUCCUAUGAAAACUUAUGAAAAAAUCUUAUCGGGUAAAAUCCAUUAUCCAAGUUUUUUCAGUCAAGAUGUAAUUGAUUUAUUAUCAAAAUUAAUAACGGCAGAUUUAACUCGUAGAUUAGGUAAUUUAAUGAAUGGUCCUGCUGAUAUUAGAAAUCAUCCAUGGUUCCUGGAAGUGGUAUGGGAAAAAUUACUUGCUAAAGAUAUCGAAACUCCUUAUGAACCUCCUAUUACGGCUGGGGUGGGUGAUAGUUCGCUUUUCGAUCAUUAUCCUGAAGAACAAUUGGAUUAUGGAUCUACUGGUGAAGAUCCUUAUGCUGAAUUUUUCGGAGAUUUCUAG